GCAGUUGCCACACAAAUGCAGGCGAAACUAAUGAAAAUUAACUACAAACAGAAGUUCCAAAAUUACCUUUCAAACAGCUUUCUGAGUAGAAAAACUCCCACAGCCAGAGGCAGGACACACACGAGGUGUCCCAGCCGGGGAUACUCCACACCAGGUGGUGGAUGCUCCAGGUCCGCCCAUGACACAUUUUCGGGAAGCCAAAAUCUGUCACUCCAGAACCAGGUGGAGAUAGAGGUAGUCAUCGGGGAGCAGGAAGUACUCGACAGUGAAGAUAAGCAAAUGGACCAGAAAGAGCUGAGUGAUCCCCUGAAUAGCGUAUCACUGAUUAAAGAUGACCUGACCAAGUCAAACAGGGGGUCCUCUGGAGACUCAGAAAAGAUGAUUCAGCGCUUGAAUGAUGAACUUCGAGAGGCCCAGGAGCUUGCCAAUAUGGAGAAACAUAAAUGCAUUGAGCUACAAGGUUUCCUGGAUGAAGAGAGGAAAGAAAAUCAACAACAAGCCGAUGAAUCUGCAAAACAAAUCAAAUUUCUUCAAGGCCAGCUGCAGCAGCUCCAAGAUGAGGUGGGUGUUCUCAGAGAGCAGUUAGACGUCUCCUCCGGUUCGCGUGACGAGCUACAAAGUGCACGUGAUGAGGUGAAGUCGCUGAAACGUGCCCUGGAGGCUGCCACCGCCGAGCGGGACCGUGACGUCGCUGCUAUCCACUCUAACCUGGCAACAGUCUCGAACGAUCUGGACAAGUGGCGUCAGACUGCCAACAAAUACGAACGUGAGAUUGACAACCUACAGCGUGACCUUCAGCAGCAGAGCAAGCAGUGGCAGAAAACUGCAGAAAUACAAGCCAGUGAGCUGCAGUCCAUGCAGGUGGAGUGUAACGGUCUUCAGAAGGAAUGUUCUGUUCUGCGAUCUGAGAAACAGGACACUGUGAAUAAGCACCAGAAGGAAAAGAGCAGUCUGCAAAGUGAAUGUGCUUCCCUCAGGGCCGAGAAGGAGGAACUCCUCAAGACUCACCAGAAAGAGAAGGGUAACCUGCAGAGUGAAUGUGCAGCACUGCGCACUGAGAGAGAGGCACUACUGCAGAAACAGCAGCAGCUGGAGAAGGACCUUGCCAGUUCGCGUGCCCAGAAUGCUGAGUUGAACAACAGUCUCAGAACCCUUGAGCAAUCCCAACAGGAGCUGGAGAAGAGGCUGGUGGCCCUGCAGCUCCAGCACCAGCAGGAUAGCGCCAAGCUGCAAACCCAACUGGAUGAGGCAGACAGCUGCAGCAAGGCUUUGCAGAGAGAGUGUGAGGAGUCUAAGACAGAGCUGUCAGACCUGAAGGAAAAAUACAAGAAGUCUGAGCAGGAAAAGCAGUUGGUUGCAGAUGAACUUGAGGAGUGCAAAGCCAACAUGAAGGACCUGCAGGAGAAGGGAUCCAAGACUUCCCUAUUGCUGCCUGUUCAAGCCAUAGUCAUCGGCCUUAUCCUGGCUUUGCUGUAUUGGUGCUUCGGCGCAUUGUGGUAGUAAGAAACCGUGGAUGAUCUGGGGGCCUGUGGUUGCCGUGGCUCUAACAGCUGUGACUGCUGCUGUGCUCUUCAGGACCUGAGGGCAACUUUGUUCAAACACACACAGAAGUAAACGCAUAUUUGUCAUCAUAUGUCAAAACAUGCCCCCUUAUCAUAUCUGCACUAUUAAUUAGGAGGGCUCAUAUUUAACUCUGUUUAAUUUUUGAGAUGCUCUAUUUUAGUUGGCAGAGACGUUAAUAAAAGAAUGUCAGUUUUGUGUGCAAAUCAGUAAGUUUGUAUGUCUUGUCAUUUGAAGGAAAUCUAGUUGGAUUGUAUUCCGUUUGCCAUUUCGAAUCAUAGGAUUAUCCAUUAAUGAAUGUAAAAUAAAAAUACUUUACACAUUUAACAGAUUCUAAGUAUAGAAUUAAACUUUAUCACUUGGAGUUUGAGCCUCUUUAAGCGUAGUGCAUCUAUGUGAUAGAUAAUGUCACAAUAACACGCCCCUAAUGGAGUGCAUGAUAACAGUACAGCAGUGGGUGGCUGUGACGAGCACUGCAGCAUAUUCUGUCGGCAUAACUAUUAUCAAUGUGAAAAUAGAUAGUUUAGCUGAGCAGGAGUUUAUCUUGUUGUUUUUUCAUCAGAACAUCAUUAAACAGAACUGCAGCAAAUCACCUUUAGAGCUAUUUCCUUUAUUAAUAAGCUGAAUUUCUAGACUUCAGGUACUGUAUUUGUAUUUUACUUCUACUUUUCUUCUGCUUUUUACUUCAGAUGUAUUUCUGUAUUCUCUAAUAGCCACUCAGAUUCAGAUUCAGCACAACCUCCUUAACGGGAGCAUAAAAUUAGAAUCGUUUUUUUUUUUUUUUUUUGUUGUUGUUGCACAACAUCAUUGUACCGGUAAGAAAAACAGACAAGGUGAAGUUUGGUGCAACAGAUGUUUUAUUAAUAACCCUGUUCGUCUGUUGUAUAAUAAAGGGAAGUCAGUAUUACAUAACACAUCACCACAUAAAACAAUAUAGUAUACAUGCAUUGUUGAGUAUAUUGUGUCACAUCUUGUCAGUAGCUGCUGCAAGACACCUGUGUAAUAUUUUAAAUGCCUAAGACUGACGUUAUCCCAUUCCGAACUGGAACUACGCCCUCAGAUAUUUUUUUUUCUUCUAUUGAUUAAAUGUUUGUUGAAAAUCUAAAACUUAUCUUUAAAUAUGUAUAUUAAUUUGGUGUACUUAUGAUAAUUAUGAAUUUGUUCAAUUCCCUGAAAAUAAAUGAAAAGAGAUUGAAAGAUA